GUUGGAGGCACUGAACUGCACAAACGAAGGCGAGUCCUCUGUGAUUGAAUUAUAAAGCUACAAACAUUUGCAUUUGAAAACUUGCAUGAAAACAUGAGCAAACAUGAGUAUAUCAAGCAGGAUUCUUUAUAAUAAAAUUACAAGCCUAAGUUCAGAACUUUUGAACAACAUUUCGCCGGACAUAUUGAAUAAAUGUUGUGAACAAUCAACACAACCGUUUUUAAAAUGGUUUAACAAAAAUGUGAAUUGCAUGAAUGUUCUUUCAAACGAAGAGGUGCAAAUAAAAAAUAUAUUACAAACGACAAAUGAUUGGUUGGAUGGUUUUGAAUUAGAUUGUGAAUUAGAAGAGGCAACCAAAAAUUACCCUGAUUUAUUAAAAAUUAUUACUUUUGAUGAUACAGAUGUAAACGACCUGUUUGCAGAAUUUGAAAUAAUUAACAAUUCACACAAUGAAGAUGAAAAUUAUAUUCUUACAUUACAAAAUGGAAUUGAAAGUUUAAAAAAGGUAACGACAGAACUGGACGAUGAAAUAGAAAAAAAAUCUGAACUGUUGAACAGAGAAUAUAUUGCAGAUGAAAAAGCUUAUAAAGAUUGUUCUAUGAUUUUAGAUGAUUUUGAUGUAAUUAAUCACGAUUUCUUUAGACAAGUUGAAUGUCUCUCGAAUCAAUAUGCAAAUGCGGCUGAAAAUAAAGGAAUACCGUCAGUAUGGACCCAAAUGCCUUUGGAUCUUUUUAGUAAAAAUAUAACGCUAUAUCAUCAUUACUUAGGCAUUUAUAUAAAAGAACAAUUUGGAGAUGUUUUUAAAGAAGAACAGAAAAAAGAUUCAAAUUAUGGUUCUUUAAGCGACGAGAGUCAAGAAGUACAUAUAAAUAAUGAGAAAUUACAAGAAUUAAUGUUGUGCAAAACAAAUUUCACCAAUGUCAAGGUAGAAGAAGUUUUAGCUAAAAUAAAACCAGAAUCAUAUAUUGCAAUGUUAGAAUAUGCACGAAAGAUAUACAAUAAUGGAAAUUUAAAAGUGCCCAACCCUUCUGAAUUAAGAUCAGAAAUUUUGAAACUGACUGCAAAGAGAGAUUUAUUGGAAGAAAGUGUAUCGCUACAAGAACAUCAAUUGAUAGAAGUCAUACACCAGUUUGCAGAAUUAGAAAUGACUAAAAUCUUGAAACAAGAUGCUUCUUCAAAAUUUGAACAAAGAAAAGUUAGAUUAGAGAAAGUUAAAAACUUGCAGUUCCUUAUACGGGAAUGUGGUCAUGUAAAUGCUGACUUGUUAUUUAUACUAAUGCAGAGGGAGUGGUUCCAUCUUAUAGAUGUGUCAGAAUUUGUGGCUGAUACGUAUCAUUACAUGACCUCAGAAUAUUCAUUAUCUUCUACACGAUGUGAAAGUAUGCAACAACAACAGGAAGAAUAUUCUAUGCUUGUGUCAUCUUGCCCAGACACGCAUAAUUCAUUUGUCAAGCUUUUAGUUUCUAUUUUGUGUAAUGGUGAUAAUACACAGCAAUUAAAUUCCGCGUUAGAUAAGUACAAUGAACUUAUAAACGAAAACAAAGUAAAAAAGCAAUUCAUAUUGGAAACAGACAUACAGUCCAAAAUCGAUGAGCUGGAAAUGUUAGAAAGUGAAGUAAAUUUGCAAUAUACAAGUGAAAUUCAAAAGGGGGCAACAUACAGUUUCAAACCAGUUUCCUAUGAAAUUGAAACUUACUACCAGGAAGCUUGUGAUCAUUUACAAAAUAUACAAAUAGAUUUAACUAAAAUAAGAAGUCAAAUAAAAGAACAAAUGAACACAGGUUUUGAACGUGACAGACAUUUAGUAUGGCAACGAUUUUUAGUUGAUCCAGUUACGCUAAAACAAACACAUAAAGAAGGCACGCAAAUAACAAAUAAAUCAUGUUUUCGAAAUACAUUUGAAGUUGAAUAAAUGCGACUUUUGCAAAGUAAUAUUAGAUACAUUAAAAGUAAGCGAAACGAUCUAAGCUAAUCACACACAAAUAAAGGGAGGCGUGGCGAAUGGGUAAACUGCAUAGUAUUGGAGUAUCAAGAAACGUAAUACAUAAAUAGACUGUUGAGUCAUGGACAAAUCCAUGCACAGUUAGAAAACCUCCUACUAUUAAAUACUUGUCAAAAGAGGAGGAGCUUUGUAUAUAUUACCGGCUAGCUGAUUGCUCGCGGCGAGCUGAUACGUAUCCAAUAAGGAAUCCAGUUGCAUAGAGCAGUCUACAUAUACAUAUGUGCUCUAUGCAGGCGUUGAAAUCACCUCAAAUGAGUUACAUAUAACACACAACAAUUUUAUACAAAACUUAUUUAUUUGUCUCUAUUAAAAAUAGUAAUAACAA